CAGCAGCUGAGUCGUGAGUGCAACGCUUACAACUGGUCGCAUCACGGGCUACUCAACCCAGCCACCGUGACAUCCCCUUCAUUGCGCAGCCCUUCCCAGCUGUGGUCUAUACUAGUACUCCAUCGCCCAUUCUCGCCAGCCAGUCCCAAUGUCCUUCUUGCAGACAUCCUUCCAGCGCGCCGGUAGGCAAUCCCUCAGCCAUGCAUCGAACAUAGCCGGUCCUAGUCGAAUUCCAGCGCGACAACUUUCGAGCGCCAUUGCUGUGAAAGCGGAGAGACCAAGCUCGGGAGUGGGAGGACGAAUCUCUUCUUUGAUGGAGAAUUUGCAGCAACAGCAACAGGAACAGCAGCAGGCAGGGUCAGCAGCGGGUGGCGCUGGCAGAGCUCCCUCUUUGGGUCCCGCUGUCAAAGUUCCACCUCUCGUAAGGAGUCAACACUACGUCCCAGCCACUCUCAACGUGCAGACGCACGCACCUCGGACCUAUUUCAGAGCGAUCCCUCUCUUGGGACCAGGACGUGCUGAAGCAGAACUCGUUGACCAGCUCCAUAAGCUUCAACUGCGACCCGGCCACCCAUCCUUAGCCGACGACUCGUACAAGAACCCCGUACUGCUCAUGCCUUACAUCUCUGACAUGGGCAAGAUCAAGAGGAGGGCAUUGAGUAGGUUGACGAGGAGAUCCCAGAGGGAAGUCGGUAAAGCUAUCAGGAGAGCUCGGGCGAUGGGACUUGUACCCAUCAUGAGCAACCAGGACAGUGCAGGAUGGAGACUGCGAUGAUUCGGAUUCAGCGCCAACGCCCAGUCUUUUCAGCAAAUUGUUUGUUGCUUAUGCAUCAUUCACACCCUACUGCCAACUCGUGCAUUUAAGAUGUCGACAUUUCCUAUGGCUGCGGCGUCAGGCGACCUGCGGCAAUGGAUGGCGUGUCAAUGCAUUCCCUAGCUAGCUAUCUGGCUACAUGGACGGCGGCAGCCCAGAGACAGCUCACUGCACGCUACGUCCGUGUACUACUGGCAUUGCGUGCAAGAUGAAAGUAUAGGAAACAAGUAUGCAAGAGUCAUUCAUGAUGGGAGAGACAAGUGAUU